UUCAUAAACAAGCGACUCACCUGACUAGGUGAUCACAGUCGCGAGAAUAAUGGAGAAAGCCGGAGCUAUGAGGAUCGCGUUGUUGUCAUUGGGAGUGCUUUCGCUCUUAUUCCUGACUGUAGCAUUUUUUGCGCCAGGAUGGAUGGUGUUUGACAUGAGCAUGAACACCACCGAAUUGAGAUUGUCUGAAUCAACAAAGAUGGGGCUAUGGGUAAUAUCGGCCUGUGUGAAUCUGGCAGCGUCGGGAGAGGGAGAAAUAUGCAAAACGAUUACGAUGGAUCAACUGGAGCAAAGCAUGUCUUCAUCAGGGAACCCCGCUUCUAAGGCGUUCUUGGGAAACAUGAUGCCUAUUCAGGGACUGAUGGUGUGCGGGAUGCUGGCGGCCGUCAUUGCAUUCGUGCUCCUUGUAAUCAUCGUCCGUCAGAGCGGCUCCGCCAACGUGAACAAUAAGAACAAGGGCAUUGUUUGCGCCAUCCUGUGGGCCAUAGCUGCUAUCCUGGUGAUAUCCGCGGUGGGGGCAGAGGGGCACCAAAACACCAACAUGAAGCACUCUGUCGACCUCGUGCAAACCAUGAUGGGGCCGAGCGAAGGCUUCAAGAUGGACAUCAAGUUCCCAUACGCUAUACUUAUUGCAGCUUUUAGUGCCGUAUUCAGCGCCCUGCUGUGUGUCGUUCUGGCCAUCCAGUUGUGUAAACCACCGGAGGGUCCGGGCUACUGGAAUCACUUCACAAACCAGCCCGUCUAGACUGUUGAGAAACCGGCGUCCUUGAAUGCUGCUUUAUAAAUAACCAAACGGCAGUUUACAUGUUACAUGUUACACGGUGUUAGGACACUGUAGCGUAUGCGAACUGUCUGACAGUAUCAUUGUUAAUAAAUCCAAAUACUCCGUUUACGGAAGAUUUAAUUGGAGUUGCUCUUGUGUUGUGUACAGAUAUUGUGCCAUAUUUUGUAUCAAUCUUGUUGAACCUUGCAAAAACGCUUGUGAAUAAAGCUUCUUUUUUAGACUGC